CGCUCCCCUCCGUCCUUUGCCGCCCCCGCCCUGCCUAUUUAUAGGCCCCCCUCCCCGCCUUCUUCCUCCUCACCAAGCAAGCACACCAGCCUCCUCACUCCUCACAGCACAUCGCUUUCCUUCCCUCGCCACCGCCCACCAAGGAAAGGAGCAUGUCUUGCUGCGGCGGCAAGUGCGGGUGCGGCGCCGGCUGCCAGUGCGGCACCGGCUGCGGCGGGUGCAAGAUGUUCCCCGACGUUGAGGCCACCGCCGGCGCCGCCGCCAUGGUCAUGCCCACCGCCUCCCACAAGGGGAGCUCCGGCGGGUUCGAGAUGGCCGGCGGGGAGACCGGCGGCUGCGACUGCGCCACCUGCAAGUGCGGCACCGCGUGCGGCUGCUCCUGCUGCAGCUGCAAGUGAGCCGGCGCCCGGGAGGCCGGCCGGCAGAGGCGAGCACGAGGAUGAGAGGAGGACAAGCAACACCAACCAAGCACCAUCACCAUCGCCAUCGUAUCAUCAGUAGCCGCUGCAUGCGCGCGCGCUGAAUAAAAUAAAACCGCCGUCGUGUUCGUUAGUUCUGUAUGCCCUGCGUGUAGCGUUCGACCAGUGUGUCCUUCCUCAUGCCUCCGAUCCGAAAUAUACAUGGCGCCUCAGCUUUGAUCCCGUA